AUGGAAAGUUACUUGAGAAAUGAAAUUCAUACAAGAUGGAGUGAUGUUUCUGAAGAGGACUCAGUGACCUUUGAAGAUGUGGCUGUGUACUUUACCAAAGAAGAGUGGAACUUAUUGGAUGGAUUUCAGAGAAACCUCUACAGAGAUGUGAUGCUAGAGAACUACCAGAACGUGACCACAGUAGAAAGGAAAAUGGAACUUGAGACAGAACUUCAGCUGGACAGUUUUUGGUCAGAUAUAUCAAAUGAGACACAACUGGCAAGAUUAACAAAGGCAGGAAGCCACAAUGGAAGGAAGCUCUUUGACUCUAAGAGGGUUGGAAAAUUCUUCAGUGAACACCCAUGCCUUCAGACAUAUAUGAAUAUUUGUAAUACAGAAAAGAUUUCUGAAUAUAAUUGGCAUAGAAAAGACUUACUUCCUUUAGUCAAGAAAACCUCUACUGAAGAGAAACUUUCUGUGUUGAUUCGAUGUGAAGAAGCCUUUGCUCAGACGCCAAGCAUUGCUUACCAGAGGACAUGCAUUCAGGACAAUUCCUUUGAAUCCAGUGAUUUUGGCAAAUCCUUUGUUAAUCAGUUGCAACUUAAGGCACACAGCAAAGCUCACAGUAAAGAAAAUCUCCGUGAAUGGGAGCAAAGUAAGAAAGCUUUUACUCAGUCCACAAAUUGUUCUGUUUUAGAGAAAUGCUAUGAAGAUAAGGAAUGUGAAAAAGCCUCUACGGCACACUCAGGCCUUACUUCACAUGUACAAAGUCAUAAAAGGCAGAAGUCUUAUGAGUGCACAGAGUGUGGGAAAGUGUUUGGUAAAUGCUCAGGACUUACUGAGCACAUGAGAAGUCACACAGGAGAGAAACCUUUUAAAUGUAACCAAUGUGGAAAGUCUUUUGCUUCUUCAUCCUAUCUUACUGCGCAUUUGAGAACUCAUACUGGAGAAAAGCCCUUUGAGUGUACAGUCUGUGAGAAAGCGUUUACACGUUCCUCCUACCUUCGAAUUCACAUGCGAACUCACACUGGAGAGAAACCCUAUAACUGUAAGGAGUGUGGAAAAACCUUUGCUGUGCGCUCGUGCCUUAAUAAACAUUCCCUAACACACACUGGGGAGAAGCCUUAUGAUUGUAAGGAAUGUGAGAAGGCAUUUACUAGCUUUUAUCAACUAACUGAGCAUAUGAAAAUUCACACUGAUGAGAAACCCUUUGAAUGUCAGGUGUGUACAAAAUCGUUUAGGAAUUCCUCAUGCCUUAAGAAGCACUUCCAAAUUCACACUGGAAUAAAACCAUUUCAGUGUAAGGACUGUGGGAAAGCCUUCAGUGGACGGACUAGCUUUACCACACAUGUAUUGACUCACACUGGGGAGAAGCCAUAUGAGUGUAAGGAGUGUGGGAAAGCCUUCAGUACAUCCGCAGGCCUUAUUGAACACAUAAGAAGUCACACAGGAGAGAAGCCCUUUGAAUGCUAUCAAUGUGGAAAGGCCUUUGCAUCUUCCUCAUAUCUUACUGCACAUUUGAGAACUCACACUGGAGAGAAGCCAUUUGAGUGUACAGUGUGUGGUAAAGCAUUUACACGUUCUUCCUACCUUUGUAGACACAUGAAAACUCACAUUGGAGAGAAACCCUAUGAAUGUAAGGAUUGUGGGAAAGCCUUCAGUGAGUGCUCAUACCUUCACAGACAUAUAAGAACAUACGCUGGAGAGAAACCCUAUCUGUGUUAGCAAUGUGGGAGAGCAUUCACCAGCUUUUCUUAACUCACUUAACAUAUGAAAACUCAUACUGGUGAGAAGCCUUUUGAAUAUCAGAUAUGUACAAGCUUUUUUAGAAAUUUGCAGCCUUAAGAUGCACUUCUGAAUUAACACUGGACUAAAAUUAUAUCAGUGUAAAGAGUGUGGAAAAGCCUUUGGUGGCAACACUGGCUUUACUACACUUGUACUAACUCACAUUGGGGAAAAGCCAUAUGAAUUCAGAGAAUGUCAGAAUGCCUUCACUUCUUUCCUCACAUCUUUAACAUCUAAGAAGUCACACAGGAGAGAAACCCUUUGACUGUGACCUGUACUAUGUAUAUAAGAACUGUGGGAAAGCCUUUACUGAGCACUUGGCCAUUAGUAAACACUUAAGAACACAUACUGUAGAGAAACCCCAUGAUUAUUAGGAAUUGAGAAAGCUUCUACUGUUCAUACUUCAGUGGAUAUACACUCUAAAUGGAAAGAAUAUGGAAAAGGCUUCACUUAUUCUUCUGAUCAUAUGGAACAUAAAUAAUCACAGAGUGAAACUCAUGUAAAGAAUGAGGAAAGUGCAUUAGUAAGUGUGCACAUUUUUGUAUUCACAUUAUUAAGCUCAGUACAGGUAGUCAGUUGUCCUAGAAAUGGCUUAACAGAUGUACUGCUCUUCUUGAGUUUGGUUCCCAUCACCCACGUUGGGCCACUCAUAACCAUCUGUAGCUCCAGCUCUAGGGAGAUCUGGCUCUGGCCUCUGUGGGCACUUGCAUUUGCAUGUGCCUCAUACACAGAUAUACACAUAAUUAAAAAUGAAUCCUAAAAUACACGGGGGCCUCACACUCAAAAAGACCCAUGAAUGUAGUGAAUUUGGAAAAGUAACUGGAGUCUACUCACAGUCUGUCAAGUAGGAGACCAUACAGUGUAACAUGGAAACUUGAUUAUUAUCUCAGGCUUUGCUAAGUAUGUGAACAACUGCAAUAGAGCAAAGCACUAUUGAUAUGUGAUAUGUGUAGCAGUUAUGUGCCUGCUAAGUAAUUUAAUGUUCACCUGUGAUCUCACAGUAGAGAAUAACUUUAAGAAAUACUAGAACUAAAAAAAUGUAUUCCACUACCUUUGCUAAAUGUGAUUCACACAGAAGACAAAUUAUGUGUAUGGAUUAUGGCAAAUGCUUCCAUAUGUUCUCAAAUCUUGUGUGCUCACACAGCCAUGGAUUUUAGGUGUCCUUAUAGGUGUACUUUUAAUGUUUUGAAUACCUCAAUGUAUGUGUACUAAACAUUUGUGUUGUGUUAGUUUUUGGGGGCAAUUGAAAUAAACAGCUAUUCACCCCAGGUAGGGCACUGAUCACAGAUCAAAGAAAUUAUUCCAUCCAAAUAGAACUUGAUGAGCCACUGAACUUUUGGGGGUUACUUACAGGAACAAGGGUUAGGGGUUUCUGGUGGUUUGAAUAAGAAUGGCCCCAUAGGUGCAUAUAUUUGAAUGCUUAGUCACCAGCGAGUGGCCUCAUUUGAGAAGGAUUUGAAGGUGUGGCCUUGUUGGAGGAUGUGUUGGGGUAGGCUUCGAGAUUUCAAAAGCCUGUGCCAGACCCAGUUUCACUCUGCCUAUGGAUCAAGAUAUAGAAGUCUCAGCUACUUCUCCAACACCAUGUCUGUCAUCAUACUGCCAUACUGCCUGCCAUGAUGAUAAUGGACUAACCUCUGAAAAUGUAAGCCAGCCCCCAAUUAAAUGCUUUUUAUAAGA